ACUGCCUAUCAUCAGCUCUCUGCUUUCCCAGCGCCCCACCUUCUCCGUCCCGUCGCACAAUGGCUUGGUCUGCGAUGGUUACAGCUGGGUAACCAUGCUCAGGCUGCUCGAUACUUAAGCCAUGCCGUUGGAUUAGCUGCCACAAGUCUCUACACUGCAAUAUUCAGCGACAAGUGCAUGUAA